AUGGAGAUUCCCAGAUUUCCCAGGAAACCAUUUGGGGACCAAGCUACAGGAAGCCCUAAGGAGAUGUUGGUCCCAAAAAUACAACAGGAUGUCAACCUGCUACCGCCGGAUCACGCCUUCCGUCAGGUGGUUAAUUGGAGCUACUUAGAUCAGUUCCUCGAGGCGCACGGCUACACGGGCAACGAGGUGAGCACCUGGUGCAGGAGCCACGUGGAGUACCCAUUGCGGCUGCAUAAGGCCUUGCUGGACUACAGCUUGGGAAACAAUCAGAAGUCUUUUAGACAGACCCUGAACGAUGUGGAGGCAGUGAUUGCGACAGCCAUCAGCGACGAAGGAGGGAGCUUGCUGCAUCACUUCUAG